GGCAUUGCGUUGAACAGCAAACGCUCUCACCCUCACUUUGGGUGAGAGGCGGUCUCGCUAAGCAGUCAAAAUCGUGUUCUUCCGAUCUUUACCAACUUCUCAUCUACACCAUCGUCGCGACAAGAGAGCGAGCAGACACUUCGGAAGCGGACGGACCAGUCUCUCUACAGGCCUUUCUGUCAACACCCACUCGCCGAUAUCGUGUCCAACAACAUAGCAAACAUGUUGCCCCUAACGAUUUCCUUGUCUAUCUCCGGUGCGAUUCAUUGGCCUCCUAUCCACCGUGAGCGGUUCGCUCGCAACUCCGAGAAUAUACAUGCAUCCGUCAUGGCCGAAGCAGCUGGAAAAGUUGAGGGAGCCGCAAAGACUAAAGGGUCUGCUCAAGUCCAAGAAACCAGCAAGGCCCAAACCACGCAGCAGACCGUAUUCCAUCCUUUCAGCCGAAUACCCGCCGAGCUCCGCGCCAAAAUAUGGGCUAUCGCACUAGAGGAUGAGAAAGAGCAAGUACCAGAUUGUUGUUCUAUUGAUGCUGGUUACGGCAAUACGCUAACCAUUCAUGAGCAUGAAGGAAAGGAUGGGGAGAAAAAGUUGAGUAUCAUGUCAACACGUGGCUACCCCACUCUCUUCGCUGUCAACCGCGAAGCUCGCUACGAGGCUGCCAAAAUUGACGGAGGUGCAUGGUAUACGUUGGGUAUUGACGCUCCAGAGGUCUAUGUCCAUCCAGGCAAGGAGCAUGUAUACUUUGCGACAUGCUGUAACAGCACAGGAUGGUUUGGAGACACUCACCUUCGUUCCAAAUCACACGGGAUCUUGGAUUGCCGCCAUCGCACCUGA